AUGCCGCCGCGUAAAGUUCGUAAUAACGACUCCAGUUCGGAAGAUGAACCUGUGUCGGUGACAGAGACACCUGUGGCUCCGGUGCUUAUGUCUCAAACUCAGUUAGCGUCGCUCCUGGCCGCCUUCUCUUCGGCGCAGGCCGAGGCGAACCAGAAGCUCGUCGAGUCACUACUGACAUCGCACUCAGGGACGCCGCCCAGUGUGAACUCCGUCGCUACACCGUCAUCUUAUUCUGGGAAUCUCGUCAAAUGCACCUCGCGCUUCGAUGGUUCGUCGGAGUAUCCGGAGGCGGUCGAAGCAUUCAUAGACGCUGUCGAGAUGUUUAUGAAUUGCGCUUCGGUCAGCGAUGAGAUGGCACUUCGUGGACUCCCCAUGUUAUUAAAUGGGCAAGCAGCAGUUUGGUGGCGUGGCAUCCGUCAUGAAGUCACGUCAUGGUCAGAGGCAGUCAAGCGCCUGCGUUCGAUGUAUGGCAUACCACGGCCACCGUACAAACUGUACAGAGAUGUUUUCGCUGCUGAGCAAGGGUUGGAACGCGCCGACGUUUUUAUCGUAAGAGUACGAUCUCUGUUGGCGAAACUGCCUUAUCAGUUACCAGAGGAAGCGAGACUGGAUAUGAUUUAUGGUCUACUUCACAAGAGAAUCAGGAAGCGGUUACCAAGAGACGCUGUGAGUGAUAUUGAAUCACUGAUAGAAAAAUCUCGCAGCAUAGAAGAAUCGUUGUCGGAGAACUCCACGUCACCGUCGUCGUCGUGUUUACCUACGAAGGCUCCCCUCGCGCUCAGCGAGAGCGCGCAGCAACACGUCGCUCCGGGAUCGAGUUCGACGCCGUCGCCGUCGCCGCCGGUUCGCACUGCCCGCGCCCCGCGAGCGAACUCGCCGCGUAGUGAUCAGUGUGUGAGCAAAAGUGAUAACAGUGAUAAGAAGUUGUUCUGCGUGUAUUGUAAGGGACGAGGACACGUACGGGACUCAUGUGAUAAGCUAAGUAAACGUUCUCUUUCUACUAACUCUGGCACUGUUUGCUAUAAUUGUGGUGAAAAAAGGCCACGUUAG